AUGGCCACAAUUGCUACUCUACACCGCCAAAGGGGUGCUUACAAGGGGAAAUUGACCAAGCUUGAGGGUCUCAUUAGCCAGAAGUUUGAUCAUUCUUCUCAAGAACUCCUUGUCUAUGAGAAAGAGCUUCAAACCCUCAGUGAGAAGUUCGACAGUGUUCAGCAGCAAGUAUACAGCGCGCCAGCACUCAGUGAUGAAGGUUUUUCCGCAGAACAAGAGGAAGAGUCACAGUUCAGUGAUCGAAUUUUGGCACUGCAGAUAAAACUCAAGAAGCUUUUGAGCGAAAUUGAAGCACAAGAUGAUGCCCAAUCUACAACCAGUCACGACAACAUCAAUUCAGAGUCAAUGCAGAGUCUCACACGCAUGUGGGAAGAACAACUCAAGCUCAACAGCAAGCUUAUGGAGUCCAUGAAUGGCUCAGCGUCAGGCAGCACCAAAUUGCCCCAGCUCUCGGUUCCUAAGUUUUCUGGAAACUAUACCGAAUGGAUAUCAUUCAGGGAAAUGUUCACCAGCGCUGUUCACAACAAAAGCUCUCUCUCAGACGCCGAAAAAUUCCAAUAUCUGAAAGGCUACCUGUGCGGAGAAGCAGAGUCUGUAGUACAUCAUCUCGCAAUGACAGGCGAAAAUUACCAUGUGGCAUGGGAGCUCAUUCAGGAUGAAUACGAGAAGAAGCAGAAUAUCACCACAGAAUAUCUGCGCACAUUCUUUGAGCAGCCAAAUAUUGCUGAUGCAAACCCGAAAGUUCUACGCAGCCUUUACAUCACAUCCAACAAGGUUAUACAGGCCCUGGACACCAUCGGUUGCACUGAACGCGACAUUUGGCUCAUUUACAUCAUUCUUAACAAACUGGAUAGUGAGACAAAGACACUUUGGUCCAGGGAGAUCACAGCUUCAGAGGUUCCCACAUGGCAACAAUUCAUGAAAUUCCUUAAGAAACGCUGUGAUUCUCUGGGAAUGGUCUGCUCUGGCGACGCUUCUGCAGUCAAGAAAUCCAAGGAUUUCAAGCCAGCUAAGGCUGACGGAAAAUCUGAGGCUAAACCCACUCAACGGGUCAGUUGCGCUGUCACUACUGACAAAAAGUGUGUCAUUUGCUCUCGAGGAUCCCACAGGAUCAUUCAGUGCUACAAGUUCCUGAACUCAUCUCCAUCUAAUCAGUUGGAAUUGGUCAGGGCACACAAGAUUUGUAUCAAUUGCCUCAGACAUUCUCAUCCCAUUGAGUCUUGUGAGUCAUCCAAUUGUAGACGCUGUGGCUUGCGUCACAAUACGCUUCUGCAUGAAGCAAUUACGGCAGGCACUUCUUCAGGAAACACUUCAGUUUCACCACAAGUGCGCUCGCAAUCAAUUGAAGACACAGCAGCUUCACCUCAGGCCACAUCAGGGACCUCAGCAGUUCCACAAUCGACGCAAACACAGAAACCGUCUCAAUUGUCAGCUCCAGCUACACUUGUCAGUCACCCAGCAGUGGCCCAGCAUUCUCUCCUUCCCACAAUCAGUCUCUUCAUCAUUGACAGCGAUGGAAGAAGGCAGAGAUGUAGAGCUUUGCUUGACUCUUGUAGUCAAGUCAAUUUCAUUACAAAACGAUUUGCUGAAAAGAUUCACCUGCGAACAUACGUGAAGCCAAAUUUCACUAUUGCUGGCAUUGGCAAUACGUGUACAGACAUUCCUCAUGCCACGCAGGCGACCAUUGCGUCCAGAGAUUUUUCAUUCACCGCCAAAUGUGAGUUUCUCAUAUUGGACAAGAUCGUCAAUAAUCAGCCCACAGCAAAGGUUUCAGCAAAUUGGACACUUCCUCAAGGAAUCAAUUUUGCAGACCCGCAGUUUGCAUACCCAAGUUCAAUCGACAUGCUUUUGGGAGUUGAUAUAUUUGCCAAGGUGAUCCUCCCGGGGAAGAUUGAAGGCUCACCAAUGCUACUUGAAACUGUUUUUGGGUAUGUGGUGGCCGGAAGCUUCACCUCAACACAGACCAGUGGGGAUGCCAAUUGCUUUUGUGUAGUCGACACCUGUGAGCAAUCCGAUUCACUUCAGCACCAGCUGGAAAAGUUCUGGAAAAUAGAGGAGCUGGAAGCAACCAAGCCCAUCCUAUCCAAGGAAGAAAGUAAUUGCGAAGCUCACUACAAACAGAACACACAUCGAGAUGAACGUGGUAGAUAUGUCGUCUCUCUCCCUACCAGGGACAAUUUGCAUCUCUUGGGUGAUUCACAUGACAUUGCCAGGAAGAGGUUCCUCUGUAUAGAGCGAAAACUUCGCAAAAACCCAGAGUUGCGCGAGAAGUACAUCAAGUUCAUGACAGAGUAUGAACAGCUCGGACACAUGAGAUUGAUGCCCCCGGACUACUCAUCCACCAAACCAGCAGUAUAUCUUCCUCACCACCCGGUUGUGAAAGAAUCAUCCUCGUCUACGCCCGUCAGAGUGGUUUUUGAUGCAUCCGCCAAAACCACUACAGGAGUAGCCCUCAAUGAUGUUCUCAUGGUGGGCCCAAGGACUCAAGAGGAUAUUUUCAACAUCUUGAUUCGCUUCAGACAGUACAAUGUUGUGAUCAAAGCCGAUAUACGUAAGAUGUUCCGACAGGUGUUGGUUCAGGAGGAAGAUCAAAAUCUUCAACGCAUCUUGUGGAGGAAUGACCCUUACAAGCCAAUCCAAACAUUUCUAUUGUCAACUGUUACGUAUGGGACAGCCAGCGCGACAUACUUGAGUACCAGAACAAUUCAGCAGCUUGCAGUUGACGAGGGGAAUCAGUAUCCAUUAGCUCAAAAGGCAGCAGUUACCGAUUUUUAUGUUGAUGAUUUUCUUUCUGGUCAGGCAACAUUGGAGUCUGCCAAGGAACUUCGUCAUAAGAUGAGUGAGCUAAUGGAGAAGGGAGGCUUUCAUCUUACCAAGUGGAUGUCUAGUGACUCUGCAGCACUAGAUGGAGUACCUGAGGAAGAGUGUGAAGUCCAAUCAGCGGAUUUACCAGGAGCAGAUGACAGCAUCAAAGCACUCGGAGUCAGGUGGAGCCCUUCACAAGACGUUUUCACUUUCACAACUUCACCAUGCAGUGAGAUCAUCACAAAACGUGUCAUUUUGUCAGAAAUUUCCAGAGUCUUUGAUCCAUUGGGAUUUCUGGCACCAGUAGUUAUAACCGCUAAGAUUCUCAUGCAGUCAUUGUGGCAGUUGAAAGUCGAUUGGGACACUGAUUUGUCUGGAGAAGAAGAAAUCGUGCAAAGAUGGCUUAUCUACAGGCAAAGCAUCAUGGAUGUCACACAUAUUCACGUUCCGCGACACGUCACUUCCCACCAGGAGCCAACAGAGUAUCACAUUCUACUUUUUUGUGAUGCGUCCGAGAAAGCCUAUGCGGCUUGUGCCUACAUCAUGACUGUCAACAAGAAUCAGGAGACAAGUUGCAGACUUCUGUGCUCCAAGACAAGAGUGGCACCACUCAAGCAAGUUACAUUGCCACGUCUUGAAUUGUGUGCAGCGGUACUGGCAGUUAAACUUCUACAAUCAAUCAAGGGAGCACUCACAGUCAAAAUUAUGUCUGUGAAGGCAUACUCAGACUCAAAAAUCGUGCUUUACUGGCUUGCCAAGGAACCCCAGAAGUGGAAAACCUUCGUUGCCAACCGGGUCUCAGAAAUUCAAAGUGAAAUUCCACGCCAUCUUUGGAAUCAUGUUCCAUCAGAAUUGAACCCCGCAGAUGUAGCUUCAAGAGGAAUAUCUCCAAGUGAACUGGCAAGGCAUACACUCUGGUGGUACGGUCCAGAUAUUUCCGCCCUUGAUAACUCACUCACAGAUGACAUCUCCGAUUCUGAAGAACUAGAGAACACUCCAAUCACUUGCACAGUGAGUUUUGAAACUAGCUUCUGGAAGGUAAUUGAAGAUUUUUCAUCCCAUUCCAAAAUGAUCAGACUUUUGUCGUACUGGAGAAGAUUCAUUUUCAACGCGAGAGCGAAGAUUACACACACAAGUGGCCAAUCUGGUCCACUCACCGCUUCCGAGCUACGUGCGACAAACACUCACAUCAUUUUUCACAUUCAAGCCCAAGCUUUUCGCCAAGAAAUUCAAGCCUUGAGUUCCAAGAAGCCAUUGCCUAGGCAGUCGCGAAUUCUUGACUUGAAUCCUUUCAUCGAUGAAUCAGGACUCAUCAGAGUCGGAGGUAGGAUUCAAAAGUCGAACUUGCCAGUUUCUCAGAAGCAUCAGGUGCUACUCCCGGACAAACAUCGUUUCACACAUUUGAUUGCGGAAAGGGUUCACUUGGAAACUUGCCACGGUGGUCCACAAAUGAUUUUAUCUACCAUGCGACAGCAAUACUGGCCUCUCCGUGGACUCGACAUCGCCAAGAAAGUCGCUCACAAAUGUGUUCAAUGCUUCAGAUGCAAUCCGAGAUCAGCACAUCAAAUCAUGGGAAAUCUUCCGGCAGAUAGAGUGCAGUUUUCACGCCCUUUCUCGAAAGUUGGUGUUGAUUUUUGCGGCCCUUUUCACGUCAAGUUACCGAUUCGUCGUGGAACUACUGUGAAGAUGUACGUGGCUGUCUUUAUCUGUUUCGUGAGCAAGGCCAUUCACCUGGAGUUGGUCACAGAACUGUCUGCAGAAGCAUUCAUCGCAGCGCUGAAGAGAUUCACUGCUAGACGAGGAAAACCAUCAGACAUAUUCUGUGACAACGCAACAAAUUUCGUGGGUGCCUCUGGACAACUCACCGAAAUCCAUCGAUUCCUCACAGAGAAAUCUCUUAAGGAGAAAAUCAUCAAGUAUUCAGCUCAGGACAGUACAACAUUUCAUUUCAUCCCUCCACGAAGUCCACACUUUGGGGGUUUGUGGGAAAGCGCAGUAAAGAUGUUCAAGAGACAUUUUUAUCGAGUCACCGGAAAUGUCAAGCUCACCCAGGAAAACUUUCUCACAGUACUUGCAGAGGUAGAAAUGUGCCUAAACUCGAGACCGCUUACAUCACAAUCAUCAGAUCCUUCAGACAUGGACGUCCUUACCCCUGGGCACUUCAUCAUUGGAGGACCAAUGAACUCACUACCAUCUCAUGACGUCACGAACAUUCCUCCCAACCGACUCAAUCAGUGGAGGAUCAAUGACCAACUCGUGCAGCACUUUUGGCGACGUUGGAGUCGCGAAGUUCUUCUCAACAUGCAGAAAAGACGCAAAUGGAAGACGGCUCAACCCAAUGUUCAGCCAGGAGAUUUAGUUCUUCUCAUUGAGGAAAACAUGCCGCCACUUGCUUGGAUUCUGGGAAGAAUUACGGAUGUUCAUCCCGGGGAAGACCAGAAGAUAAGGGUGGUGACAGUUCGCACGAAGAAUGGUACGUACAAACGAGCAGUCACACGAAUCGCUCCACUUCCGAUGCCAGAGGAAACAGAACAAGAAGUUCUGAAGCAGCCGCUUCAUCCCGGGGAAUAUGGAACAUCGCAGAGUGACCGUUAG